AUGUGCUACUUUGACCAAACCCGCUGGGCAUGCGGCUACUGGCGCUGGGGACACUUCCGUCAGCAGUGCAACAAAGAAUACCGCAUGGGCGAAACUUGCGGCCUGAAGCUUGUCUACGAAACCAGGACCGAAAGAGACGUUUGCAAGCUCUGCCACGACACAGAGAAAAAGCAGCGCAGGUAUGACAAGAUGUACCGUGACGUUCAGCGCUGGCAGAGGGAGGGCAACCGAAAUGCCACCAUCGAGCGAACGUGUGCUGAGAUGCAAGAAGUGAGUUUGAAGCAUAAUGUUCCUUUCCCUUUCCUCUAUUUCUAUUCGCAUUGA